GCUGCUGCCCUGCCCUGCCCUGCCCUGCCCGCUGUGGAGAGAUGGAUGGAUCCAGUCUAUAAAUCCUCGACCAGUGGUCCUUAUCCCCUCUCAACACUGGUCCUUAUCCCAUUUUGUAGGAAGCAGAUUCCCGUCAUUUGAUUUGUACUCUCUGCAGAAAGAGAGAGAGAGAGAGAGUGGUCGGGGAGGUGUGGUGGUGGUGGUGGUGACGAUGGUGAGGAGGCUGUGGAGUGAUGGCGUGCUUCUGGCGGUGCUGAUCGCGUGCGUGUGGUGGCCAUUGGCGACCGGCGGAGCUCCGGGAGGAGCAUCGAAGGCGAGGGUAGAUUUGAGGUCGCCCAAGUACUUGCACUACAAGCAAGAGUACCGUAGGAACCUGCUCAGCAAUGGCCUCGGCGUCACUCCUCCCAUGGGGUGGAAUAGUUGGAAUCACUUCGCGUGUGCGGUGAAUGAAACGAUAAUCAGAGAGACUGCUGAUGCUAUGGUUUCUACUGGUCUUUCAAAGCUGGGCUAUGAGUAUGUCAACAUAGAUGAUUGCUGGGCUGAGAUAGCACGUGAUUACAAUGGCAAUUUAGUAGCCAAGAAUACUACAUUUCCGUCUGGCAUCAAAGCUCUUGCUGACUAUGUUCACGGCAAGGGUUUGAAGCUAGGAAUUUAUUCGGAUGCCGGCUAUUUUACCUGUAGCAAGACCAUGCCUGGAUCGCUUCGUCGUGAAGAGCAGGAUGCCAAAACCUUUGCAUCUUGGGGUAUUGAUUAUUUGAAGUAUGAUAACUGCAACAACGAUGGCACAAAGCCAACGGUCAGAUAUCCCAUAAUGACCCGAGCUCUGAUGAAGGCUGGCCGCCCUAUUUUCUUCUCACUUUGCGAAUGGGGGGAUUUGCACCCAGCUCUAUGGGGCGCCAAGUUAGGGAACAGCUGGAGGACCACGAAUGAUAUUUCUGAUACGUGGGACAGUAUAAUGUCUAGAGCUGAUUUGAAUGAACCCUACGCGGAACUUGCCAGGCCUGGUGGCUGGAAUGAUCCUGACAUGCUUGAAAUUGGGAAUGGAGGAAUGAUGAAGCACGAGUACGUAGUUCACUUCAGUAUAUGGGCUAUAUCCAAGGCCCCUCUUCUUCUUGGUUGCGAUAUCCGGAAUUUGGACAAGGAUACUGCGGAGAUAAUUUCCAACAAGGAGGUCAUUGCAGUGAACCAAGAUUCGCUCGGAAUUCAAGCCAAGAAGGUUCGGAGUGAAGGUGAUCAAGAGGUCUGGGCUGGGCCUCUCACCGGUUAUCGGGUCGCCGUGCUUCUGGUGAACCGAGGCACGUAUCGUUAUACAGUGAUAGCCCACUGGGACGACAUUGGACUUCCGCUAGACACUGUUGUCGAAGCCAGAGAUAUCUGGGAGCACAAGACGUUGAAGAACACAUUUGUUAGGAACAUCACAGCAACAGUUGACGCUCACUCUUGCAAGAUGUACAUUCUGAAGCCGGUUUCAUAGAGCACUUCAAAUUUCUCCUUGGCGGUCAUGCCAUUUCCAGCUGAGCUGAUUCUUUUAGGAUCUCUCUCGAUUUCCCCUCUCUUUCUUUGCAUUUUUGGUCAUCUGAUAUCACUCUCUCAAUCUGCUAUCAAACUAAUAAGAGAGAGAAAAGUAUUGGGGUCUACCCUGUGGAUUGCUUGGCGGGCGAUUGUGGACAAAAAACUCGGCUUGCUCACGCAAAUCAAUUGAAAGAAAUGGUAAUUUUAAAACAUCAUCUUGCA